AUGGAAGUGAAUGAGCUGCUUAAAAAAGGUCACUUUAGGGAAUACUUGUCAGAUAAAACCCAUAAUCGCAUGGAUAGCGAGAGCGACAAGCAAAUAGCAAUUGCGAACGCCCUAGUUUUGCCUCCAAAACAUGAUCGAGUCAUCAAUGUUAUCUCUGGAGGAUCAGAGAUAAGUGGGAUAACUCACUCAGCUACGAAAAGAAACACUAGAGCUGUCAAGAACUCUCAAAACACUGGACUUGCUACGAAAGGCGAUACACCGUCAUACACCAUAACUUUUACGACUGAUGAGAGCAGUGUACCAACCCUGCAUCACGAUACUUUAGUCAUACAACUAACAUUGGCUAACUGUUUGAUGAAGAGGAUAUUAAUCGACAAUGGAAGCUCAACUAACAUCCUUUAUAUGCAAGCAUAUAAGGAGUUGGGUCUCGACGAAGGAGGGCUGACACGAAAAUCUAUUCCAUUAGUUGGGUUCAGCGGUGAGGUCAAGCAGAGUAUUAGCGAAGUGACGCUUCCAGUGUAUGGAGAGGGAGUUAACAAACACACUAAAUUUUUAGUAGUAGAUUGUGCUUCGGCUUAUAAUGCUAUUAUGGCAUGCCCCUGGAUUCACGACAUGGGAGCUAUUCCAUCGACUCUACACCAAACUAUCAAAUUUCCCACCCCAUGGGGAGUGAAAGAGAUAAGGCUACCGCUGGUACUUCACAGGGAAGAACCAGAGGUGGAACAGUUGGAUGAGAUGCCAUUACUCGAAGACGAUCCUAACAAGCGGGUGAACAUGAGUUCAAAACUAGCAGCCGACAUACAAAAGAGGUUUAUCGACUUCUUUUAA